CUUUCCUGCUUUUUUUCACUAGGUUUUUUAUCAUUCAUUAUUCUGGUAAUGUUGGUUCACUUAAGAAAAAAUUCGAGCAGUUAAACAGUAGUUUUAAACACGAGGAACAAAUAGUUGAGACAAAAUCACAAGGAAAAUCAAAACAAAAACUCAGGGUAGAUAUAAAAAAGUUGACAUUGCACUUCUUCUUCUACUUGGAAAUUAUGUAGUUCAUAUACUUCCACAUGAUCUUAUAGCAGAAUGUUACUCAAAGAGGCCUAAUAUUCUUAUGAUACCUUGAUUUAUACACAUUAUUAACUGUUAUGUGAUGAACUUUGAUACAAGAAAGAUUUUACUGAAAUAUUUUACAAUCUACAGAAAUGUGUAAUUCCACCUACUGUGAUGGAUCAAAUAAGGUUAUGGGAAGUAGAAAGAGAUCGUUUCAAUUUUAAGGAAGGAGUUCUGUACAGCCAGUUUCUGUCUCAAAAUGACUUUGAACUUCUGAGGAACUAUGCAAGGGAUCUAGGUGUGUUGGUGUGGGACAACUCAUCCAAGAGAGUAAUGGUUGUCAGUCGGGCAGGACAUGAUGAUGUGAAACGAUUCUGGAAAAGACACCGACAGGACCACUAGAAAUAUUCAUAAGAAGGUUUAUAACAUUUUAUUUUGCAAAUAACACGGGCCUGUCUAAAAGGCACAUAAUAUUUGCAUCUGUGAGAUAGCGCUAUCACACUAAAAUGGUUUUGUGUAAAAAUAUACCAUUAUUCAGUCUUGCAUCGAAAUUUCUUUUUUCCCCAAAUCAGCUUUCCUUCAUAAAUUCAUUAUUUUUGUGUGAUUGUUUUCAAAGUAACUUUAAGUAAACACACAUUCACAAUUGUCACAUAAAGAUUUUUAUUCAUUUGUAACAGUAAAGUUUAAAUGCAAAAGCAAAGGUUUUUUCCCCUUGUCGGUUGAAAGUUAGAAAGAGCACUGGUAAGUUAUUUUUUUUAAUAUAUACUUUGAAAGAAAGAUCAUAUGAAGUUUUGAGAAAAUAUCAAAUAUGACAGAUGUUGUAAGCUGUGUGUAUGUUCUAUUCUUCAUGUAUAUAAUAAACUAAUUUUCAUAUGACUGUAUCUCAACAGAUAACUUCAAUAAAGUUAUCUGAUUUUUUAUGUAAAAUAAAAAUCAUUUUCUGAAAACUCC